GUGGGGAAGAACAAGCCCAUCUCAUCGGACCCUUCGCGGGCGACUUGUGGGCUUGCGGGACGUUCUUCGCACUGUAGACCACUGGGCAUGGAGGCGUUGCAGUUUUGUCCCGUUCAGGACGGCUGUAUACAGGAGUGUCCUAGGAGAACAGCUACUCCAGCCCCUACGGACCUGCUGACCGCCCCGGGAGCAUGCAUCACCCAGGACACCAGCGAUGUGCGCCCGGGAGCGCAGCCCGGAUCCCCCGCCUACAUAGUCAGGGACAGCUCGCCUUGCUUCGCCUCGCCCCCCUCCCCACCCAGGCUCGGACCGAACAGCGACUUUACACUUAGUGUCUGGCUGAAAUUACAGGACAGCAAUAGACCAGGAACCAUCAUUGAGAAACAGAACAGUGCCGGGCAGACCAUUUUUGCCCUGACUGUGUCGACUAAUCAGCUGACUCUGGACUACCUGACAUCGAGCGGUGCACGACAGCUGGUGCAGAACCAGAACCCCUUCAGUACUAACAGGUGGUACCAGCUGGUCUUACAGGUGUAUGAAACUCGCCUGAGCAUCUUUAUUGACGGGACAGAGAGUGACGGCACACCAUACACUACCCUGGAUCUGCAGGGUCAGAUUACAGACGAGUCCUCUGGUACAUCCUCUAGGAUAGGACUCAAACUGGACGGCACUCAGCAGUUCGUAGGACGACUACAGGAGCUGUGGUUCUACAAUGUUGCACUUACCAACAGGUUAGGCCGAGCCACAAUUUGA